UUUUACAAUUUGCAAAAAUUGGAACAUGCUUGACAUUAUGUUGGCCACCCUUAAAUCAAGUUUCAAAAUUAAAAUUGUUACUAUACGAUAUGUUGUGUUGUCUUUCUUUUCUAUCGGCUCUCUGUUUACUUAUUCCAUUAUGUAACUCUGUUUACCAAGAUUGGAGUGACAGAUUAAUUAUGACAAAAUCAAUUUGUCUUGCUUGUCCCGUGCUAUUAGUUGCCAUGAAGAUUCUCAUUUGCAGAUUUCAACGCCAUCGUUUUAAGAUCUUGCUUCAAGAAUUGAUAAAAUUUUUAAAAGAAGCCAAUAAACCGGAGAGAAAAGUUAUUGAUUAUUAUGUCAAAAAGCAUGUUUUUUUAAAUUUAUCACUAUCUAUUACUGGUUUCUUAACUGCGUUAAUUUUUGUCAUUGGUCCAUUUUUAUUAUCAACACCUCUACCAACUGAUGCUAAAUAUCCUUUCUUAAUAAAUUCGAGCUUCAGAAGAUUUAUUAUUUAUCUGCAUCAAAGUAUUGUUGCCUUUCAAGUUGCAUCAACAAUGGUAAUCGAUUGUUUGUGUGCUUCCCUCCUUUGGUUUACUGCAGCAAGAUUUGAAAUUUUAUCUCAAGAUUUUAAAAAUAUUCAAAGUGAAAGCGAUGUUUAUUUACGAAUACGUCAACAUCAAUAUCUACUCAUCUAUGCAAAAACUCUGAGGAUAGCAAUACGAGGUCUGGUAUUUUCUACACUACUUACAGCAACAACUGCUAUAGUUUUUGCCAGUGUUCCUUUUUUUACCCCAGCAUCAUUGAUGAUUAAAGCUCAAUUUGCAUUUAUUGUAUGUUCUGCUGGAACGCUUGUUUUCUUAACUGCUUGGCCUGCUGACCAUCUCAUAAUAACAACUUCCAAAAUAGGAACAGCUGCAUUCAAUUCUUCUUGGAUUGGUUUACCACCAAAACUUUUGAAAUGCUGGAUUCUCAUUCUUAAAAUGUCACAAAAACCAAUUACAAUAAAUAUUGCAGGUAUACUUCCAACUUUAUCUCUGCCUUAUUUUUUUCAGUUUGUUUCCAAAGUUUUUUCAUAUCUCGCAACACUAAGAAUUAUAAUAAUGAAAGAAAUUGUAUGGAGUGGAACGUAA